AUGGACGUGCAACGACGAGCUAGGACGGACAUUUGGGCUCCGGACCCUUGCGUUAGUUGUACUUCAGGAGCGUUCCGCGUUAACGUGUUUCAUGAUUGGGUUGAGGCAAUUCGAGGCUCCUUCGUCGGUAGCGUCAAUGAUCGCAUGCUGCUGGGUGUGUUGCCUGCGUUCGCCGACCAGCAGACCUCGCUGUGCAACUACCGGCACCCUUUCGCCAGGGUACUCGCAGCAGUUGAGAAGAGGAGGCUGGGUCGAGGUGCGCCGGCCCUCUCAAGAGGAAGACGGUCGCAACAGUGCUACAGCAUCGUGAAAGCAGAAGCGGGGAAGCAAGACCGGCUUAGGCACCUCCAAACACGGACGCUGCGCAUCGCCCAGGAGUUUGUUGGGAAUCGGGCGAAGACAACAGAAGUGAAGUUUCUCGGCCACCACGUCGAGGAGUCUUGGCUGCAACCGCGGCAGAAGUGGAAGAAGGUCACCUAUGUGCCCAGAAAGGCCAUGGGAUUGACACUGGCAAUUCAGAGCAUACCUGUGGGCCCGCAGGUUCUGAAGUUGACGGGCCUGGCACGCUGGGUCAAGCACAAGAAGGACAAGAAGACCGGGGAUGAAGAGCAGGGCUCCUUCGGAAGAUGUGGGUUUGGCAUCGAGUCGCCAGAAGAAGACGACGUCGUUUAUCCCAUACAAGUCCGUGGCUUCGUGUUUUCCUGCACGGCCGCUGGGCAGAUAGAGUUGCUGGUGAGCCUGGUGGCUGGGAUUCCUUUGCUUAUUCUGAGCAUCCUCGCGGUGAGGGAAUACUCGCGGGCACUUGUCGGCUCCAUCACCGUGCUUUAUGAUUUCUUAGACAUUGACGCUGUCCAGCGGAUGGAGAUACAGAUUCAGGAAAUGCAAGCUGCUGUCGCUAUGGUUGAGCAGCGACGUGAAAAGAUGCUUGAGUUCUUUGGGAGGGUUCACCAGCUUGCUGACUUGUGGCCGGUGACUGAGAGUUCCUUGCGCGUUUGA